AUGGCUCAAAUUGAGACCGUGUUGCUGGGGGUGCACUCCAUCAAGGCCAAAAAAGACAAGUCCAGGCAGGUCAUAAAGGUUAAGAAGCGUUUUCCUCAUCCCCAGUAUGUUUCAGCUACAAAGGUCAAUGACCUCAUGUUGCUCAAGCUUGACAAAUCUGUGAAGGAAACCAAGACGGUGAAGUGUCUUAAGUUGGAUGAUGCCAUCAAAGAUCCGGCAGCUGGGACCAGCUGCAUGGUGGCAGGAUGGGGCCAAACAAACGAGGAUGUUAUGGAAAUGUCCGACGUCUUGAUGUCCGUCAAUGUGACUGUGGUCGACAGAGAGAAGUGCAACUCUGCUAAAUAUUACAACAGCAAACCCGUGAUCACCAGCGACAUGAUAUGUGCCGGUUCAGACGGGAAGAGGAUUGCUGACAGUUGUUGGGGGGAUUCAGGAGGCCCACUGAUGUGCAGCGGAGGGCUGGUUGGAGUCACUUCUUUCGGAAGAGGGUGUGGCCGGAUUAAAAAGCCAGGAGUGUACUCGUAUCUCACAGAGGAACAACUCAGCUGGAUCAAAAAGACAAUGAAGAAGUCUGACAUUUAAUGAGCACCCGCUGUGAAGGAUUUUGUAUUUGCGACCAUGUUAAUCAAUUCUAUGUGAGGUGAUACGAGGGAGAUUUCUGCUUCUGCUGCAAUAAAACAGGCCAAGGUGAUUUUAUUUUGAAAUCUAAACUGGAGAGACACAUGUUUAUCAUGAAAGCAAAUCGCCAAAGGGACAUUAUUGAGUCCUUCAACCAGACUGAUGUCAACCAGACAGAUUCACCACUUCCUGCAUCAAGAGCCUAAAUUGAAACUGAGGCUUCAGCUCAAGUCUUGUGGAAAAUAAGUGUUGUAAUAAAGAUAAAUUCUGGGCCAUGAAGUAUUAUCUAAUCAUCACUGAUCCAUGUUCUUAUACUGUGUUAAAACCCCACACCAACAUUUCUGUCGUCAUAGAGACAGAGGCCGAAAUAAAGAGGGCACAUGGUCUGUCUGUCUUUCUCUCUCAGCUUUUCUUUCUCUCAGCUGACUCUUUUACGUUUUGUUCUCCCUCCCAGCGCCGUGUUUUCUCUGGUUUCAGGGUCCUAAGAUCAGUGUUCAAAUAAAAACAAAUCAUUUUA